CGCGGGGCGCAGCGGGGGCGGGCGGGGGCUCUGGGUCGGUCCCCUCGGGAAGGCUGGGCGUGGGGUGGGCUGGGGAGUAGCCGGCUAAGAGCCCUUCGCAGCCUGUAUUCGGGGUAAGGUCGUCGGCGACGGAGAGGAAUUCGAAGACGCUUGCAUCCAGUGUCCGUACAGGUGGUUUCCCCGCAGGGUCCGGCUCACAGUCCUGGUCACCCAGUGCCUUCUGUUUUUACAUCUGCGUUGCUCCAAAGUUAAAACAGAGCUCCGGGAACUUGGGAAACAAACCGGAAAAGCGUAUUGUUAUAACUAACUCCCAGUGAAUCUUUCCUCCGACCUAGUUGGGGAAGGAAGUAAGGUUGCUUCUGUCACAGCCAAAAGAAAACUGAACCAUGCGACAAGUUUGUUCUUGGAAGGCAAGUUGCCGCUUGAUGAACGCCCCACCUGUUGAAUAGACUUUGGACCGAGUCUGACCCAAUUCUGUUUUGCCCGUUAGUAGCUUAACAAGCUCUCCUCCUCUCCACCCCCACCCCCCCCCCCCACCCCCACCCCCCACCCCCGUUACUUUUAAGCACAAAAGAUAGUGCUGGUUAGAGCAGUUUUUUAGCGAACUAUAAAGAAGGCAGCUUAAGUUGGAAGAGUUUAUAGUUUUAGCAAGGGUCUGGGGGAAAGGUGGAAGCGAAGUGUAAACUUGAAGGCUGCAACUUUUUCUACACUUUCAGGUUCUAGGCACAUAUAAAUGUCUUUGAAUUUCAGAAUUGAUGAAAGCACUCAGAUGACUAUUUUGACAGCUUAAUUGGCUGGCAAGUUGAAUUGUAAGGUGUGUUCAAAUUAGAUUUUUUUUUGGCAUUUCCUAAAAAGGGGUGUUUGGCAGGCCUGGUAUACAGCUAGUGUAUUAUAAUAACUUUCCUGUGCCUGGUUCUUUAUCAUGGGCGUUGACAUUCUCGUUUAUUGAGCAUCUAAACCCUCUGGGAUGGUAGUAUCCACACUUCAUGUGUUAAUGGCUAUUGGGAAAGCUUUGCAAUAGGCAGUCGCAAACUCCCCCACCCCAGGAGCUAUGCAGGUAACCUAAGCGAGUGAGGCUGGCCAGGUGUGGGCCAUUGGUUCCUGGAUAGCUGUGUCCAUUGCUGUUGGGGUCAGAGUCCACUAGGUUCUAUCCUCUGCUUGCUGGAUUUUCUGUAUUUAAAGAAUCCCGGUACCCUGGCUUUUUAAUGGAAUACCUUGAUUUUUAAAAUUGAAACCGCUCUACAGACCCACGUGUGAGCUGAUGUGCUCUCUGGCUGCAGGUUGGCUCUCUGGGUUGGAGAACUGCAGACUCCGCAGAGGGUAAAGUAGGCUGGGGGAGGUGGGGGUGCCUUCUGCUUCUGCCCCUCCACAGCUCAUGCUGGUUUCUAACCGCUCCUCCCUUGCUUUGGCCCUGGUGGUCUGAGCCGUGACUCCCUGGUUAGAGACCCUGCCCCCCAGAAGCUGCACCUUAGCCUUGGCCCCCGUUCUCAUGCCCCCGUGAGAUGCAGGAACUUUGGAGCCAGAAUCAUGUUCCUAAAAGUAUGCAUAAUUAUUUGGCAAGUUUCCUGAGUCAGAACCUGGGGAAAUAGGUCAUGGUGAGGAGCACUCUUUCCCAAAAGGUUUUGAGGCACACCUCUUCUUACUGCUGUCAGUAGAAUUACAGACUUGGUCUGAAAGGAAUCUGGAAAAAAACCAAAAACAAAAAAACAGCCUAGAUUUGUCAUUUUACACGUUAGGAAACAGGUGCAGAUUCCAGAGGUGCAGCUCGGCCAGGGAGACGGAAGAGGUUUGAGGGCCAGGUUCCCUGAUGCCUCAGUGGGAACCUCACCCCCAUCUCUUUUCUGGCUUUCUCAGCAAAACCAGGCAGAGGAACAUGAUUUAUAACGACCUCUCCUAGCUUGUUUGAGAGCUGUGGUUGUCAUCCUCUGGGCAGGCCUUAAGGAUGGCUCACAAGAUGACUUAGGGUCUGACUUGAAGAAGUCUUAGAUCAGACCAGAUUUGGUUGACUUUUCUUGAAGCUUCCUCACUGUUCCUAUGAGCAGGUUGGCCGUGCUUUAUCCCCUGCUCACCCUACCGCUCCAUUUCAAGACUUAGGCUGUAUCUACUUCUUGCCCUCAGCUAAGGUAAUCUUGAGGAUCAAGAUGGUCUUGGGACAUGGUUGGUGGCCAGGCUAGACAUCCUUAGGGAAUUGAGAAGCAAGACUGCUUCGAGGCCCUUCUUUGUCCGCCUGAUGGUGGCACAUGGUUUGAAUUUAGGACUGUGUGUGGUGGAGAGUGUGUCUGUGAGCCCCUCUGAAAUUGAAGGUGAAAUUUUACGUGUAUUUUCUGGGCUGAGCUUCUGAUGAAAGCCGUGGAUUUUCAAAAGGGCUGUGAACAACAAGUUGUUAAACCAUUGUUCUUGGGUAUUGCUAUGUGUUUUCCCACCUGCCUCCUUACCUCCUGCGGGGUAUGUUUGAUAGGGUAACAGCUACUCCCUCCUGCCCCUUCUCCCACCUGGAUGUAAAGCUUGUUUCCAACCUCAUUGUUGAGGAUGUCUGGGUUGUCCCCAUAGAUACCUCUGGAGUAGCAUGAGCCAGUCAUGGAAAGUCCACUCGCAGAAGGGAGGUGGAAUUUUGGCUUGGGUGCCGGUACUUUCCUGCAUUUGAUGUGUUGUUCACCCAUCUCUACAGCCGCUAAGUGGUGGAGAGAGGCUGGGUUGAGUGGUCUUUGCUUUUCCUGUGCCUUUGUGGGAAGGUACAUUGCUGUCCCGUGGUUGACACUGUCUUACCAGCACUGCCUGGGCCAUUGGCGUUCUAGGAUAGGCCAAGUUAAGCAUGAACCGCAGCGUUCAAGUCCAGAGAGCCGAACAAAGUCAUACUCAGUUUAGCCUUUUUAGGCAACAGAGGGGAACUUAAUGCAAAUGUUCAUAAUGGUGAGUGGUUAACAUGCUGUCUUAGCUUUGCAUAGAAGUUAGAAUUGACUUUUUUUCAUAUAACCUGUUUACUUGUAUCAGAAAUUGAAAAAUUGGCUUUGCAGAAAUGUCUUGCUUCACUGACCGAUGUAUUUUUAGUUUAUAGCUUUUGUUCUUGGCAAUAGUAUAAUUUUGUCUGUUUGUAGUAAGCCUUUUUAAAUUAAGUUUUCAAAAACUUAUUGUUAAUUCAGGUCUUUAAACAGAGCAAGAGAGAUUAUAAUUUAGUAUGCAAAGUCAUGUAACUUAAUCAUGUAUAUUGCCUUAAUAUUAAGAAUAAAAUAUUUCAUCUCUAGCUUAGGAGAAAACGGGGGCUUGAAAAGAUACACUUUAAAAUAACAUUAUGGUGCUAAACUAAGAAUUUCUAGGAAUUUUCUAAGUAGAACUUACUAGGAUUUUGGUUUUGAAAUUUAACUGAGUUGUGUAAUUGAGCGUGAUUCACGAAUGCCAUGGUCCCCCAAAAAUCAAGUCACAUUUAAGACUUUGUCUUAGUUUUCUAGCUAUCGGUAUAUUUUCUAGAAGGAAGGCUUUUGUGGUGGUGAUCAUUUGAGUCGUUGGGCUUUGGUGGCCUCUUUAGUGCCAAAUGGUAGACACUCCCCAUUCCUACUCCAACUUGACUCAUAAACACAAAAAAUUACCAAAUUUCUGAAACUGACCAGCAUUGACAAUUUUAUCUUACAACGUAAUAUCCUUUUUCUUUUCAUUAUUUCACUAUCCUCCCUUCUCAUAACAAAAAUUCAAGCUUCUAGCUAUUUAAAUAUAAUUAAUAUACAACAAAAACACAAAUAAUAAAUAAUACACUUAUAAAUAGUACGUAUGUAUUUGUAAUAAAUUGGUAAAUGCUUCAUUUGUCAUUAUUUUCAGCUUUAAUAUAUUGAGUGAACUAAUUUCUUAAAAUUUUUAUUUUUCUUGCUGUCACAUCUCUCUCUCUUUCCAGUUGAUUGUCCUUACGUUGGGGGACUAUUUCAUUUUGGCUGUUAAAUAUCUUCUUCUCUGACCAUACUAAUGGAACUUACUGCUUAAACUUAAAAUUUAUUCUCUCUCCAAGGAAUUAAAGGCCAUAUUACAAUUUCCUUGGUGGCUUUGUGAAGUUAGCAAAUGUCCUUGAAUGCUUGUCCUUGGGGGCUAGGGACGUUAGCAAACAUUUGUGCACAGGCUCUGAGUGAAAUCUGAUUGUGGCUAAAGUAAUUUGAAUGCGCUCUGGCCUCCCAUUCAUCAGUUUCUGCUUUGCUGCUUUUGUGUAUCUUGAAUCACUGCUUUUUAUUUCCAAUAAUCUUUCCUUCUACUCUGUCUUCCCUUUGCAUUUUGUUCUCAUGCUGACUUCUCUUUGUUCCUUUCCUAUUGGCCUUGGUGCCAGUUUGUACGUGUGGCUGUUCUGAGAGAUGCUCCUUUAGGGAACUUCCUCUGGGCACUGGUGUCCUGAUUGCACUUUGGUUAUUUUGCAGGUUAAAAAGGAAGAGGACAAAAGUAGAGCCAAAUGUGCCUGCGGCGUAGCCACAGAAUUCGCCUGAAGUACAGUUUUUUUUAACAACACAUAGGUCGAUAGUGUGUUAGAACUUAAGUCCUCGAAGAGGAACCAUGUAGAUCAUACGGAUCUAGUCUACUCCUCUCGCUUUGAAGAUGAGAAAACGGAGGCCAAGAUUAGGGAAGUGGCUUGCCUGAAGACAUGCUUCUGAUGAUGAUCAAGAAAGUGGUUCACUUAAAUGCUUGUCUUACAGGAUCAAGUUCUCUCCUGUUCGAUAAAGCUAGCAAGGAGGCCAGAAGUUACCACAAAAUUAUUGAAAGAAGAACUAACAUGUUUAGUCACUUUUUAUUUUAGGCGUUUGAUGUCUGGUCCCCGCGAAUCUGGUUUCUGUUUGCUUCUACCUCUGGCGUGGGCUCCCUGGGUGACACCAUACCUUUUACUUGGAAUCUCACGGGGGUCAGAGCACAUGGAAAGUACCUUUUCCUAAUAUGUCCCCUCAGCCCCACGGUGUUUUAAAAAAUAGGCACACACACACCCCCCCCCCCCCAUCGCCUUUAUUUAGAGAGAAAAAAAGGAACAGGAAAUGACCAUCGGGCAAACCGUUUAUUAAUACUCUGCACCAGUGCCGUAGUAUGAGAAGGAGAAUAGCUAGCUUUUUAGAGCGCUCGUGGUUUAUCUGUGUCUUUUUACAACAGUCUUUUGAGGAGAGUACUGUCUACGGUUCACAGGUAGUUAAAUCCAGGUGCUGGGAGUCACAGCUAGUUCAGUUCCACGGUCCCGCGCACGGGGCUGUAAGGUGCCAAGGAGCGGCUAAACCCUGACGUGACUUCCGGGCCCCCACGCUAGCCACGGCGCUCUGCGGCGGGGCCGCCCGGGCCGCGUGUGUCCUGAUGUGUUAAGCAGGGAGCCGGGCGAGCAGAGGGAGCGGAUGGAGCCAGUCACAGGUGUAAGAGCCGAGGCUGGUGUUGGUCCGGUGUUUGGACUGAAGCGUGGCCGUGCGGAGAGGAACCGUGGCCUGCAGGCUAGAGCGGCGGGUUAGGGCCACGUGUAGACCUGCCUGCUUAUUGGGAGCCAUCGUAGGGUUUCGGUGACGUGGGAGAAGUGAGGAGGACAUGUAUCGUGACGCGGAUGAAAUAGAAAAGGAGAAAGAAUUACUUAUACAUGAAAGAGGGUUAUCAGAAGCCAGAUUAAGUGUAGCUCCUGAAAUGGACAUCAUGGACUACUGCAAAAAAGAAUGGAGGGGAAAUACACAAAAAGCCACAUGUAUGAAAAAGGGCUACGAGGAGGUGUCGCAGAAGUUCACCUCCAUACGGCGAGUCCGUGGAGACAAUUACUGUGCGCUGAGGGCCACGCUGUUCCAGGCGAUGAGCCAGCCGGCAGCGCUGCCGUCCUGGCUGCAGGACCCGGAGCUCACGCUGUUACCGGAAAAACUCAUAAGCAAAUACAAUUGGAUCAAGCAGUGGAAACUUGGACUGAAAUUUGAGGGGAAGAGCGAGGACCUGGUUGAUAAAAUUAAGGAGUCCCUCACACUGCUAAGGAAGAAGUGGGCAGGCUUGGCAGAACUGAGAACUGCUGAAGCGAGGCAGAUAGCUUGCGAUGAACUGUUCACAAAUGAGGAAGAGGAAUAUAGCCUCUAUGAAGCUGUAAAAUUUCUAAUGCUAAACAGAGCCAUUGAACUAUACGAUGACAAAGAGAAGGGAAAGGAAGUACCAUUUUUCUCUGUGCUUCUGUUUGCUCGGGACACAUCGAAUGAUCCUGGACAGCUGCUAAGGAACCACCUAAACCAGGUGGGACACACUGGUGGCCUUGAACAGGUGGAAAUGUUCCUUCUUGCCUAUGCCGUGCGCCACACCAUCCGGGUGUACCGGCUCUCCAAGUACAGCACCGAAGAAUUCAUCACGGUCUACCCCACCGACCCACCCACGGACUGGCCGGUGGUGACCCUGAUCGCCGAGGACGACCGGCACUACAACAUCCCCGUCAGAGUGUGCGAGGAGACGAGUCUGUGAGGGACGCGUGCCUGGACGGCCCGGCCACACGGCCGAGGUGCCCUGGCAGCUCCCUGCCGCGGCCCGCGGGCUUCCAGGUCUCUUCGGGUGACCCACGGGGACUGUUGGGCCGGGCGAGCCAAGCUGGACUGGGCUGUUCUGAGGACGGCUUUUGGUCGUUAGAACUAACCAGGGGUUUUCCCUCCUCUCUGAUGCGAUAUGUUUCCUCGGGGGCCUUCAGAGCACUUCUUUUGGAAGGUACAAACUACAUCUUCUCCAUAAAACAAACCUUUUGUAUCAGAGGAGACGCCUCUCGGAGAGGAGUGUGUUCUUCACGUCUCAGAAGCAGACUCUCUAAUGUAAACUAGGUCUCAGUUUUUUCUCAAGAUAGUAAUUUUUUGUUUUGGGGGUGAUGGGUCUCCGGAGUGCCCGUCCUAUGCAAUUCGGCUUACGUGGCCUAACUCUGAGGCAGAGCCUGUUAGGGGCACAGUCAUAACGUCCUCUGAUAGUCUUACUGAGCACUGGUUCGGGCUUACAUGUUCAUUAAAGCUAUCCUAAGCAGACUGUCUCAUAGAAGAUUGAACACUGGGUCCAAAAAUGAGAUAUUUAAAGCUGUAGGAGGGAUGUGGUGGCACAUCACUCCUGACUCUGAGAGCGUGACAGGUGCCUGAGGUCGUGGCCGCGCCUGGCCCGGUGCGUCGUGCAGGUGGUGCGCUCUCGGCUGGGUGAGUUCGGGCGUUGGGCCGUUGGUUCUUCUCCAUUUCACAGAUGCGCCGUUGUAUAGUCAGAACGGAGCUGAGAUCCAGCUGCUGUUUUAGAGGAGGAAACCGAGGCCAGACGGCGCUGGGCACUCGUCUGCGUUCGGAGGCGAGAGGGAGCGAGAUCUCGACUGGCCCGUGUGCCCUUUUCAUGGUGUGGUUUUGAGGCUGCCUCCGCUGCCAGAGUCGAGUACCUGGGCGGGGGUGGGCGACAACAGCAAAGCGUCCGGGAGGGUCCGUGAGCAAGGUUAAGCAGAGGAGCGUACCAAAGCCGAGCGCCGGAGUGUGGCAGAGCCGCGGCUGCCUGUGGUUUGGUUUGGGAAGCCCGAGGGAGGAGGUGACGUUCCUGGCUCUCAGUGGCCACCUGCACCGAGGCCUGGCUGGUGACCGGCGGGGCGACGGGCCUGGUUGCAGGCGGCGAGGGUCCGGAUCACCCGCACGGGGCGUGGGCCGUGCACCGUGUUCGCGGGACUGGACGCCUCUCGUGCCGACCCAACGUUUGUGGGCGUAGAGUUUCCCUGAGGUACUGGGCUUUAUUUCAUAGCAAUUACCAGCUUAUUUGGUUCAAUUUAGCAUAGUUAGCAAGCUAGCAAACACCUUUUGGGAGUGGCAAACCUUCUUUGAAGAUUUAGUUUUGCUUUGUACUGAAAAAUUAAAAUUCUCAUGAGAAAACUCAAAGGACACGCAGAACUAGGCAGACUGUUAGGUUAAUAAUCCCCCAUUACUCCAUCAGUACUGUUCACCACCCUUCGGUAAGUGUGUAUUCGUUAGCGUGUUUGCAUCAAGCUCUGUUCUAAACACGUGUGAAUGUGUGGCAGAGGUUUUGUGGUCUUGGCUGUGAGACGGGAUGGUUCCUUGAACAAGGAGGUACCUCGGAGCCAAAUUAACAACAAGGACUUCUUAGCGGCCUCGAGGCUUUAUUUUAGUAUUUGUAGCUCUACAACAGGAAAUGCUUUCUCUUCAUUCGUGAACAUUUUUUAAAGCGCACUUAACAUGUUGAGGCACAGGGCCGUGAAGGUCUCUGUCCGGGCUGCGUUGUCUCUGGCUGUUGGUUCAUACCAGCUGUUGAAUUUAAUAAUACUCAUGAUCCUGUGUCUUUGCAUGUCAACAGUGUUUUAGUCUUCGUGAACUUGAACUGGAUUUCUGGGCAACUUGUUUACAUACAUCCUUUUUUCUUGUUCCUGUGUGUGAUAUUGUCAGAGUGCAGAAACCGUGGUCUUCACCACCACAUUGAUGAAAGUUUGAAACCAUGUGUUUGAGUUGCUUUCUGUCCCGGCGCCUUACUGGACUCUGCCCUCAGACUGUUAUCCAGGCUUCGUGGGAUCCCAGCAUCAGAGAAGCAAAACUUCCAAAGAAACCAUAUUUCAGGAAAUACAGAUGAUCGGCCGACUUUAAAAAAUAACAUUCUUUGUUGCCACGUGCAACUUCAGUUGCCCAGAAUCUCAGUUCCAUUAAUCAUUCCUGAUCUCGGGCUGGUCGGGUGACAGCAGCAGAAUAGAAAUUGCGUUGAGACCAAAAUAGAUGCAGGAUAAUCUGCUUAGAGGGGUCUCUACAAUGAUAGAGCAUUCUAGAAGAAGAGAACUCAGUAGUGACCACACGGAGCCCACUUUCAUCCCCAGAGUUUAUUGAGAGACUUCAGGCGUUUUGGACCCUGUAGUCUUGGCGGGAAGAUUAUCUCCAGCUUAAGCAGGUGUGACUUCUACUGUUGAGCUCAUUUAAGGUACAUUUAAACCUGAAAGCAUUUCCCUGUAACAAGUUCCCAGGAAUUAACACUGCUUCCUCAGGACAUUUUCUUCUGGCUCCUCUCCUCACCUGCUUAGCAACAUCUACAUACACAACAUACGCUGAUUUCACUUGGACCCGUGGAACAGUGAUGGACGACGGCCACAAUGGGGGACAAGAGGCCAAUGUGUGGUUUUUCACUUGUGAUCUAGGCCUAGGUGGGGUUUGAUCUGAAAUGUUUACAGUUCCCCUUCCUUAGAAUAUGGCAUAGCAGGAAAUGUUUUAGACACGCAGAACAGGAUUGACCCGCUUUCUUUGUAUAGGCCUUUACUCUUUUAUUAGAUGUUCGCUGUCGUGUCAGGUAAGGGCUGAUGAAAGUUUUCAGGCAUUGCCUUUGUCUCCUUUCAUUAUUCUGUUCCUUCCGGUUGUAAGGAUUAUCAAUCAGGUAAAAAUCUCAGGCCACACGAGUCUUAACACCUCCGCCAGAAGAAGCAACUUUUGUGGGUUUUUAUGUGCUUUUUUUUUUUUAAGAGGCUGUGUUUUCCCUCCUGCCCCGCAUCUCUGCCCAAGUUGCUGGCUCCCCUCAUGGGCUGCAGUCUGCUUCUGGAAGGUGUCCCGAUGACAACUGUAAAGUGCUCUAUGUAUGGCCUAUAAUGAUUUAGCGCCCUUACUAUUGCUGCCUUUGCGUAGGACUCCAGUAGACUUCCCCUGUCUCUUCUUUCUGAUGUUAAAACAACAGUUGAUUAUUUUUCCUCUCUUUAUUAAGCAGUAUUUUGCAAGGACUUCCCCCUUGAAAUCCCAGAAGUAUAAACUUCCAGGGAAUCUUAUUUGUAGGCACAGGUAGAAAUCUGUGACUACUUAAAACACAAUGAAAAGGAGGCCCUCUGUGUGUGUGAAGUGAAUCUGAAAUGUGUGUGAAGGGCAUAGAAUCCCCAGACUGUUUAGCAAAAGGCAGAGCACAGUGUCACGUAACUUAAAAACAGCCCAAGGAACUGUAAGAAGUGAAUUGAAGAAGGAACUGAUUUUAGGGUGGAACUGUCACUUUAAGACAAAACAAUGGAUGCCCGACAUUCCUGGGCCUAUGUUAUACGUAGAUAAAAAUCUGAAUGAGUAGAAGGACUUCUAUGUAUGGAUUCUGCAAAGCCUUUUUCCUAAAAUGUGCUAAAUUUUGCUCAUGUAAUAUUUAAUGCUUCACUCUUCUGGAAAACCUUGAUGAUCUCUUCUGAGGAGGUGGAGAGACCAGGGACCCAAUACUGAGUUGUGCAGAGAAUAAAGACAGGGGCAAUGGAAGAUGAAAGCCUUUGUCAUUCAGUUUAUAACUUAGGGCCUGGAAGAGCACAAAACUAACCCUGUUUGGCUGUCUGCCAGCGCUGGUGGCCGCUUAGAGCCCCCACCCCACCCUGGGCGGGGAGGGGCGAGCGAGUGUGCCUCGCCACAGCAGGGGACCCAGCAGCAUUUGGGAGGGGGAAGGUGAGCCAUCCCACUUGUAUUUUUUUCAUAGAAUAUUGAAAUUUAUUACUAGGAAUGGCGGAAUGGGUUAGUACAUAUAAUUAAACUAUGCAGAACGGCCUUUAAGUCUGGAAAUACAGAUACGUUAAUCGCAUUGAAAUAUCAUAUCAGCAGACCAUUUAUUAUGGAAUGUCACUGUUCCCAGGCCUUAUGGCCAUCUGCGUAUUUAAAUAUUUUUAAUGAUCAUUACUAGCCAGGGCUAGAAUUUUGUCUGUCAUGUUGAUUUCUUGGCUCUAAGUCUGGGUCAGGAAUGAAAUCGCCAGAACGUGGUUAAUACAAGGAAAGGUUACAGGGCUCGAAAUAUCUACGGUCUUAGCGGUCAUUCUUCUAGUAACCAGGAGUGGUUGAGAGUAAUUAUGAACUUCAAAAUAAUAUUUUGUACUUAAAUUCUAGGAGCUUUUCUAUAAUAAGAAAUGCCUUGAUCUGUAUGCCCAUAAAUGGUGCUAAAAUCUGGUCCCCUUUACAGGAACCACAGCAGUCCACAGGAAUGUUGAUUACUUCUGAGUAUUUCGAUGAGGGAACAACGCCAAAAUGAAUGUAUCUAAUGAGCUCCCUCCUCAUUUCCGUUGUUUUAUGAAAAUAUUUUGGUGGUGUUACCUGCACUGUAGCAGCUUCUGACUUUCAGUAUUGUGAAUUUGGAGGGGAUAUCAGCCAACUUCUGCCUCUGGCAAUGUGUGUCCUUCCCUGUGGGCUGGGCUGGGAAGGGGGCGUGGCCGGGAGCUCAGGCCCUACUCCUCUGGGCUUGUUUAGCAAAGUCUUCCUCUGUUUACACUGUAAAAAUGUUAGCCUUUGUCAAAAACGUCUGCCCCAAGAAGGAUGCUCCAGAGCCUUGGGUCAGUUUGGGGCUGUGCUCCGCCCCUGCCGCUGUGGCUGGAGGCCUGGGUGCUGGGGGCGGGGCGGGGGCGGGGUGGGCAGGAGCUCCUUCUGUGACUUGUUGAGUCAGGUCUUCACUGUUGGAGGCGGAGCUGACUCAGGGCUUCACUGUUGAUCCCUUUAGCAAACCUGACCACUGAGGAUUGUACGAAUAAAUAAUCAGAAAUAAACAUAGAAAAUAAAAGAUCAGAAGCCUG